CACCAAACACAUUAGGUUAACUCAAGCACUUCUCUCCCAAAGACAAUCUCAAACAUCUCCUUAUAAAUAUCUAUAGAAGGAAUACAAAGAUCGAUGCACAAACCCUCAUAACAAAGAAAAAACAAAUGGAUCAAGACUCAAAUUCCCAACACCUUUGGCUACAACUUCAACCACCAUCAAUAUUUCAAGCCAAUCCUAUCUCUAUUUCCUUUUGCCUUUUCUUCUUCUUCCUCCUUUUGCUAAAGCUAUUUCUAAGCAAAAAACAAAGCCCCAAUUUCCCUCCUUCACCACCCAAACUUCCCAUCAUUGGCAACCUUCACCAAUUAGGAACCUUACCACACCAAUCUUUAGCUUCCCUUUCCAACAAAUAUGGUCCUCUCAUGCUCCUCAAACUAGGCCAAACCCCAACUCUAGUGGUUUCCUCACCAAAAGUGGCUGGAGAAAUUAUGAAGACCCAUGACCUUAAAUUCUCCAAUAGACCCAAAACCACAGCCACAAAUCUCAUGUUCUAUGGUUGCCAAGAUGUGGGUUUUGCCCCAUAUGGUGAUUAUUGGAGAAAAGCUAAAAAAAUGUGUGUUCUUGAGCUUUUUACCCACAAAAGAGUUGAGUCUUUUCAAUAUGUUAGAGAUGAAGAAGUUGAUAUUCUUAUCAACAAAAUUCGUAAGAGAGCUAAUUGUAGUGAGGGUUUGAAUCUUACCCAAUUAUUGUUUCAAAUCUCAAACGAUAUAGUGUCAAGAUGUGUUCUGGGGAAGAAAUUUGAGGAUGAAAAUGGGAAGAGCGAAUUUAGAGACGUGCACUCAAGAAGAGUAAUGGAGUUACUCGCAGCUUUUUGUGUGGGGGAUUUCUUUCCUAAUUUUGGAUGGGUUGAUGUUAUUAGAGGAGUGGUUGGGGAAAUGAAAAAGGUUUCUAAGAUAAUGGAUGGAUUCUUUGAUAUGGUGAUUGAAGACCACAUCAUAAAGUUGAAAUCAAGUGAUAGAUGCGACGAUAAAAAGGAUUUUGUGGAUAUCAUGUUGCAGCAGCUCAACGAUGAAGAUGACAUGUUUCAUGACCAUUUCACUAGAGACAACCUCAAAGCCAUCUUAACGGACAUGUUCGUAGGAGGGACAGACUCAACAGCAACAUUAUUAGAAUGGACAAUGGCAGAGUUGUUAAGAAAUCCAAACACCAUGAAGAAAGUCCAACAAGAAAUAAGAACAAUAGUUGGAACAAACAAGACAAAAGUUGAAACAAAGGACAUUAACAAAAUGGAGUACAUGAAAUGUGUAAUGAAAGAAUCUCUAAGAUUACACCCAUCACUUCCUCUACUUGUACCUCGAGAAACAACCACAGACGUGGUUGACAUCGAAGGGUACCAUGUGGCAGCAGGAACAAGUGUGUUUGUGAACGUAUGGGCAAUUCAAAGAGACCCCAAAAUAUGGGAAAACCCAAACCAGUUCAUCCCAGAGAGAUUUAUGGAGGAAAAUAAAUCGAUUAUUGAUUUUAAAGGGUCAGAUUUUGAGUUGGUUCCAUUUGGAAGUGGAAGAAGGAAAUGCCCUGGAAUAGGGUUUGGAAGUGCUGCUUAUGAAUGUGUAUUGGCCAAUCUUUUGUAUUGGUUUGAUUGGAAGAUGGUCGAGGAUAUGAAAGGAGAAACGUUGGAUAUGACCGAAGAACAUGGAAUCACUGUUCAUAAGAAAUUUCCUCUUUGUCUCAUCCCAUUACCAUAUAAUUAAUAUAUAUAUAUUAUGUAUUCUACCCAAUUUUCUUGUAUGGUUGUCCUAAAAUGAAGAAAAUUUAUCGUAGUUAAUUGUAUUCA